CUGGCCUGGGCUUGCAGCCCAGAGCUCUGCAGAGCAAGAAAAGGGACCUUUACGCCUUUUUGAGGGAAGCACAUUCUGCAAAGCUGUGGAAACAAAGAGAGGAACUGUUUGUAGCCCUGGUGCAGACGUCCCAAACAGAGAGGAGGAGGAGAGAGAGACAUCGUUGUGAGGGAGAAACAUCUGUCGGUUUCCUCCUGAAUGUGCCCUGACCAGGGAUCAAACCCACAACCUAGACUCUCUGCGGCCUGUCAAAGGACAGUGCGAUGUCCUUCACCCUCCACCUGAAGUCCUGCCCUUUCUCUGUCAUAAGGAGUUGGAUCCUACAAAAGAAACCAAACAUCAGAAACAUGUUCAGCACGGCUGGGGCCCCAGGGCCACGGCCCGCCAGUGUGGUGCUCCUGCCCAGGUCCCUCGCCCCGGACUUUGAGAAGUUCUGCCAGACCAACGGCGGCCCUCUGCCCCUGCUGGGCCGAAGCGAGCCGGGCAGGUGGGCAUCGUCCACCCUGGGUGCUGCCCCAGGCACCAGGACGGACCGUCCCCAGUUCCGCAAGUAUGAGUUUGGUGCCUGCACGGGCAGCCUGACCUCGCUGGAGGGGCACUCGGAGCAGCUCAAGGACAUGGUGACCUUCUUCCUGGGCUGCAGCUUCUCCCUGGAAGAGGCCUUGGAGAAAGGGGGGCUCCCCAGAAGAAACCCAGCAGGCCGCGGCCACGGGGCUGCAUACAAGACAACUGUGCCUUGUGCCGCCGUUGCUGGCUUUUGCUGCCCUCUGGUGGUCACCAUGAGGCCCGUCCCCAAAGACAAGCUGGAAAGGCUGGUGCAGGCCAGUUGCUCCUUGAGGGGUGUGCAGGGACAACCCGUUCACAUCGGCGACCCAGGGCUGCUGGGAAUCCAAGACCUCUCCAAACCUGACUAUGGGGAUCCCGAGGUGUGUGGACCAGGGGAUGUCCCGGUGUUCUGGCCCUCCCACCUGACCAGCCUCGAAGCUGUCAGCAGCUGCAAGACCCCGCUGGCGUUCACCAGCGCCCCGGGUUGCGCAGUUAUGACUGACCUGCAGGACACAGAGGCUCUGGCCGGCUCUCUCACCCCGGACCAAAUUCCAGAGGUCCACUGCAUUUCCCAAGAUCCUUUGCACUACAGCAUCGCAUCAGCUUCAGCUGUUCGGAAGAUCAGAGAACUAGAGACUGUAAUUGCCGUAGACCUGGGCAGCCGGGGGAUCGGGCACCUGCUCUGCAGGGACGAGCUGCUGAGGGCCUCGCUGUCGCUGUCACACGCCCGCUCGGUGCUCAUCACCACGGGGUUCCCCACGCAUUUCAACCACGAGCCCCCAGAGGAGACGGACGGCCCCCCGGGAGCCCUUGCUCUGGCCGCCUUCCUGCGGGCACUGGAGAAGGGCGUCUCCAUGGCUGUGGACCAGAGAGCCUUGAGUUUGUUCGAGAAGCUUGUUCAGGAGGCUGUUGAGCAAGGUGUUCUGAAGACGAAGAUCCCAAUAUUAACUUACCCAGGUGGGUCAGCGAGAGCUGCUCAGGCGCUUCUCUGCAGUGAUGGGGACCCCAGGUCUCCUAGAUUCGACCACCUGGUGGCGAUAGAGCGCACAGGAAGGGCUGCCGAUGGCAACUACUACAAUGCGAGGAAAAUGAACAUCAAGCAUUUGGUUGAUCCCAUUGACGAUCUUUUCCUUGCAGCCCAGAAAAUCCCUGGAAUCUCAUCAACCGGGGUCGGGGACGGAGGCAAUGAGCUUGGGAUGGGCAAAGUCAAGGAGGCCGUGAAGAGACACAUACGAAACGGGGAUGUCAUCGCCUGUGACGUGGAGGCUGACUUCGCUGUCAUCGCUGGUGUUUCUAACUGGGGAGGCUACGCCUUGGCCUGUGCUCUGUACAUCCUGAACUCCUGUGAGGUCCAUGGACGUUACCUGAGGAGGGCCACUGGGCCCUCCGCAGCACCCGGGGAACAGAACUGGACUCAGGCGCUCCCAUCCAUCGACAAGGAAGAAAAAAUGCUGGACAUCCUGGUGUGGCAUAAAGUCCGCAGUGGCGUCUCGGGCAUCGUGGGCAUGGAGGUGGAUGGGCUGCCCUUCCACGGCACCCAUGACCAGAUGAUCCAGAAGCUGUUGGACGUCACCACGGCACGCGUGUGACCCUGUCUGGGGAGGAGUCCCUGCGGGCCCAGCGUCUUCCUGCAGCAGGCUGGCUGCAGACGCGGCCCUGGGAGAGCUGGGCUGGACACGUCCUGCUCCUCCCUGGGAGGGGCCGUGCGGUGGGCCAAGGCACCAUUCCUCUGGGAUUUCCAGUUUCCCACGUUGUCUGAAGGUGCUGGAGGCAUCGGCUUCAACCCUCCUGCACCCCGGCUUCUUCAGGCCACCCUCGUGGCGCGCUCAGAGAGUCUUCUACCCGCCCCCCAUGGGGACCGAGGCGUGGGUGUCACCGGGCCAGGAACAGCCCCCAGGCUAAUGAUGAAGUAGUAAAGUGCACACACGUGUGAUGUAUGUUCAUGAAA